AAAGGUGUAACAUUGUUUGAUAUGUCAGGAUAAUACUGAGUGUGUACACUUAUUUACAUACAAAGCAAUGGAAUUGCUUGGAGAAGAGUUUGGGGACAUGAGUCCCCAACAGCUCGCGGCUCCGGUCAACACUGUGGAGGAAAAGUGGAAACUAUUGCCAGCGUUCCUCAAGGUGAAAGGUCUGGUGAAACAACAUAUCGACUCCUUCAACUAUUUCAUCAAUGUUGAGAUAAAGAAGAUCAUGAAGGCUAAUGAGAAGAUCAGUAGUGACGCAGAUCCCAUGUGGUACCUGAAAUAUCUCAACAUCUACGUGGGCAUGCCUGACGUGGAGGAAAGCUUCAACGUAACGAGACCGGUCUCUCCUCAUGAGUGUCGCCUGAGGGAUAUGACGUACUCGGCGCCCAUCACUGUGGACAUCGAGUACACGCGAGGCAGCCAGAGAAUCAUCCGGAACGCUCUUCCCAUUGGACGAAUGCCCAUCAUGCUGCGUAGCUCCAACUGUGUCCUCACGGGGAAGACCCCCCUGGAGUACGCCAAGCUGAACGAGUGCCCUCUCGACCCAGGGGGCUACUUCAUAGUGAAGGGUCAGGAGAAGGUCAUCCUGAUCCAGGAGCAGCUGUCUAAGAACCGCAUCAUCGUCGAGCAGGACAGGAAAGGAACCGUGGGAGCCUCUGUCACCAGUUCCACUCACGAGAAGAAAAGUAGGACCAACAUGAUAGUCAAGCAGGGCAGGUUCUACCUCCGACACAACACGCUCUCAGAGGACGCCCCCAUCGCCAUCAUAUUCAAGGCCAUGGGAGUGGAGAGCGACCAGGAGAUUGUGCAGAUGAUCGGGACGGAGGAGCACGUCAUGGCCAACUUUGCUCCCAGCCUGGAGGAGUGUCAGAAGGCCCAGAUCUUCACCCAGACCCAGGCACUGAAAUACAUUGGUAAUAAAGUCCGGCGCCAGCGCAUGUGGGGUGGACCCAAGAAAACCAAGAUGGAGGAGGCUCGGGAGCUCCUGGCGUCCCUCAUCCUAACCCACGUACCUGUGAAGGAGUUUAACUUCCGAGCCAAGUGUGUGUACCUGGCGGUGAUGGUGCGCCGUGUCAUACUGGCACAGGGGGAGAACAAGGUGGACGACAGAGAUUACUAUGGCAACAAGCGUCUGGAGCUGGCGGGACAGCUCCUGUCUCUGCUCUUUGAGGACCUCUUCAAAAAGUUCAACUCGGAGUUGAAGAAGAUCUCCGACCAGAUCAUCCCCAAGCAGAGGGCCGCUCAGUUCGACGUGGUCAAGCACAUGCGCCAAGACCAAAUCACCAACGGCAUGGUGAACGCCAUCUCCACGGGUAACUGGUCCCUGAAGAGGUUCAAGAUGGACCGCCAGGGCGUGACCCAGGUCCUAUCCCGGCUGUCCUUCAUCUCGGCGCUGGGCAUGAUGACCAGGAUCUCGUCCCAGUUUGAGAAGACCAGGAAGGUCAGUGGGCCGCGCUCCCUGCAGCCCUCCCAGUGGGGCAUGCUGUGCCCCUCCGACACCCCUGAGGGGGAGGCUUGUGGCCUGGUGAAGAACCUAGCCCUGAUGACCCACAUCACCACGGACAUGGAGGACGGCCCCAUUGUGAAGCUGGCAUUUAACCUUGGCGUGGAGGACGUCAACCUGCUGUGUGGAGAGGAGCUCUCCUACCCCAGCGUGUUCCUGGUCUUCCUCAAUGGUAACAUUCUGGGGGUCAUCAGGGACCACCCGAAGCUGGUCAGCACAUUCAGGCUGAUGAGGAGGGCAGGCUUCAUCAACGAGUUUGUGUCCAUCUCCACCAACCUGACGGACCGCUGCGUCUACAUCUCCUCUGACGGGGGCCGCCUGUGCAGGCCCUACAUCAUCGUGAAGAAAGGCCAGCCCAUGGUGAAGAACCGCCACAUUGAGGAACUCUCACAGGGAUAUAGAACCUUUGAGGACUUCCUCCACGAGAGCCUGGUGGAGUACCUGGAUGUGAACGAGGAGAACGACUGCCAGAUCGCGCUCUACGAACACAUGAUCACAGGGGAAACCACCCACUUGGAGAUUGAGCCCUUCACCUUGCUGGGGGUGUGUGCAGGACUCAUCCCUUACCCCCACCACAACCAGUCCCCCAGAAACACCUACCAGUGUGCGAUGGGCAAGCAGGCCAUGGGUACGAUUGGCUACAACCAGAGGAACCGCAUCGACACAUUGAUGUACCUGCUGGCUUACCCCCAGAGACCCAUGGUGAAGACCAAGACCAUUGAGCUCAUCGAUUUUGAGAAGCUGCCGGCGGGGCAGAACGCCACAGUGGCCGUGAUGAGCUAUAGUGGAUACGACAUUGAGGACGCCCUGAUUCUCAACAAAGCCUCCCUGGACAGAGGCUUCGGCAGGUGCCUGGUCUACAAGAACGCCAAGUGCACGCUGAGACGCUACACCAACCAGACCUUCGACAAGGUGAUGGGUCCCAUGCUGGACGCCGCCACACGCAAGCCCAUCUGGAGACACAGCAUCCUGGACGCCGACGGCAUCUGUUCCCCUGGAGAGAAAGUGGAGAACAAGCAGGUUCUGGUGAACAAGUCCAUGCCCACCGUAACCCAGACCCCCCUGGAGGGGGGCACCCAGCCUGGCCAGCCCCAGUACAGAGACGUGCCCGUCGGCUACAAGGGCUCCACCGACUCCUACAUCGAGAAGGUGAUGAUCUCCUCCAACGCCGACGACGCGUUCCUCAUCAAGAUCCUGCUCAGGCAGACCAGGAGGCCGGAGAUCGGAGACAAGUUCAGCAGCCGUCACGGACAGAAAGGUGUGUGUGGUCUCAUAGUGCCCCAGGAAGACAUGCCCUUCUGCGACUCGGGUAUCUGUCCUGACAUCAUCAUGAAUCCUCAUGGGUACCCCUCCAGAAUGACGGUGGGGAAGCUGAUCGAGCUGCUGGCGGGCAAGGCCGGCGUGCUAGAUGGACGCUUCCACUACGGCACGGCUUUCGGAGGGAGCAAGGUGAAGGAUGUGUGUGAGGACCUGAUCCGCUACGGCUACAACUACCAGGGCAAAGACUACGUCACUUCUGGCAUUACCGGGGAACCUCUGGAGGCCUAUAUCUACUAUGGACCAGUGUACUACCAGAAGCUAAAACACAUGGUCCUGGACAAGAUGCACGCCCGUGCCCGAGGACCCAGGGCUGUUCUUACCAGACAGCCCACGGAGGGUCGCUCCAGGGACGGGGGCCUCCGCCUGGGGGAGAUGGAGCGGGACUGCCUGAUUGGCUACGGAGCCAGCAUGCUGCUGCUGGAGCGCCUCAUGAUCUCCAGCGACGCCUUCGAGGUGGACGUCUGCGGGCAGUGCGGCCUGCUGGGUUACUCAGGCUGGUGCCACUACUGUAAGUCGUCGUGUCACGUGUCAUCGCUGAGGAUCCCCUACGCCUGCAAGCUGCUCUUCCAGGAGCUGCAGUCCAUGAACAUCGUGCCUCGCCUCAAACUGGCCCGCUACAACGACUGAGCUGCUGAUGGAGACCAGAGGGCAGGGGAGAGGAGAGGAGAGGAGAGG